GGCCGGGGCCGAGCGGGGCCGCGCCCGGUGCCGGUGCCCGGGGCCCGGUGGCGGCGGGGCCGGGGCCGCUCGGCGGUGCCCGGUGCCCGGUGCCCGUUGGCGCUGUCCCGGUCCCGGUCCGGCCCCGGCCCCGAUGCUGGGCUGCCUGGGGGCGCUGCCGGCCCCGCGCCGGCUCCACGACGUCACCAACCGGCGGGGAGCGCUGCCGGGGGGGCGCCUCGGCUUGGAGGCGCCGCGCAGCCCCCCCCCGGAGAUGGUGCCCGGCUCCCCCCCCUCGCCGCCGCCGCCCCCGCCCCGCGUCUACAAGCCCUGCUUCGUGCUGCAGCGACAUCCUCGGGGUACCACUACGGCGUCAGCUCCUGCGAGGGCUGCAAGCAUCCAGAAGAACAUGGUGUACACGUGCCACCGCGACGGCCGCUGCCACAUCAACAAGGCCACGCGCAACCGCUGCCAGUCCUGCCGCCUGCAGAAGUGCUUCGACGUCGGCAUGUCCAAGGAGGGUGCGUGGGGCGGGGGGGCACCUAAAUCAGAACCCCCCCCCCAAAAAAGCUGGGACACCCCCGCUCCGCACCCCCCCCCCUGUGCUUCCUCCCCCGCGCUCUGCCAUCCCCAGGGUGGGGUCGGGGGG